CUAGGACUUCGAGAAGGAGUUGGUGCUGCUGUUGGAGCAACUGUUACAGUGGCAGCCGCGCCCAUGGUCCUGGGCGCUUUGGGCUUCACCGCGGGGGGCAUCGCUGCCUCCUCCAUCGCUUCCAGCAUGAUGUCUGCCGCGGCCGUGGCCAAUGGGGGUGGAGUGGCUGCGGGCAGCCUGGUGGCCACGCUGCAGUCCGCGGGUGCUGCAGGACUCGCCGCAUCAACCAAGGCCAUCCUGGGUGCAGCUGGGGCAGGUUUGGGUGCCCUGAUAGCGCGUAUAACAAACAAAGACAAGCCCCCUCCAUCAGAGCCGGAUGUUGAAGAGGAUCUCCUGGCAAACCUUCACCCUACCACAUCCCUGGAGCUCAGAGAAACAUGA